UAAAUGUUUUUAAUUUAUUGAGGGAGGUGUAAAAGAAACAGUAAAACCCGGUUAUUUAACCGACUUGGGCACUUUUUUCGUCUUGACUUUUGAUUGCGGACCCGGAGGAAUCAGCUGUGAGCAUGCGCAGUGCCGCGUAGAGAGGACAUCACGGAGGAAGCGUAGAGGCAGAGUUGUUUUUUUUUUUUUUCUACGCGCACCGAGAUUUUUUUGUUUCUUCACGGAUGCGACCGAACCGCGCGCGUCCCCGCCUCCCCCUGCGACUAUGCCCGGUUCGGCGGUGAGAUGCGGGUGGACCACCUGACGGUCCCGGCCCGGGUCUGAGCCGUUGUCCGGACCGGAGGGGGGAGAAUACAGUCAUUUCUUCGUAUGGGAGCAGCAUGCGGGAAAUGGUCGGAGGCUGCUGCGUGUGUUCGGACGAGCGAGGCUGGGCUGAGAACCCGCUGGUGUACUGUGAUGGACACGGCUGCACCGUGGCCGUGCACCAAGACGUGUUACAUCUGCGAGGACCACGGGAGGGAGAGCAAGGCGGCCUGCGGGGCCUGCAUGACCUGCAACAGRCAGGGCUGCCGGCAGGCCUUCCACGUCACCUGUGCUCAGAUGGCCGGUCUGCUCUGUGAGGAAGAGGGACCAGAAGCUGACAACGUGAAAUACUGCGGCUACUGCAAACACCACUACAACAAGAUGCAGAAGAAGCUGCGCUCCAGUGAAAAUGCAGGAAGCUCCUUCRGUCACUCCAGAGGUCGCUGCGACUCUCCGCCGCAGGAGAAGCAGCACCACCACCACAAACAGAGGAAGAGUCAUAAAGACAAGAACCGACAGAAGGAGCGACACAAGAAGGCCACGGAGCUCCUGAGCUCCUCUGUGACGCCGAGYGGCGUGGAGAAGAUCUCCUGCGGUCACCACGGCACCAAGGACGGUGAGGGCAAGUCCAAGAAGCUGAGCUCUCACGCUCACGGCCAUCGCAGCAAGAAGACAGGAAGCACGGGGAAGAGUUGCUCCUCCUCUUCCUGCUCCUCCAGCCCGUUCAACACAGGAGGCUCCCUGUCCGCCUCGCAGGACUUCCAUCAGUUCUCCUCCUCCUCCCGCCUGGAGCGAGAGCAUGACCGGAGCGGCGGGGACGAGCAUGGUGCCGACAAACGCAAGGAGCGCCACAGGAGGUCAGUGGUGCCCGAGGAGGAGGAGGAGGAGGAGGAGGAGGAAAAAGAAGAGGAGAAGGAUGAGGAGGAAGAGGACGGUAAAUACCACAAGCCGCCGGCAUUGACCCCUGCCGAUUGCCCGCUCGCCGGGCCUCAAGGUCAGGAGCGGGCCGAGGGGAGCGCCAGCCCCUUCGAGAACAAGGUGACCAUCUCCACCUUCGGCUCCAUCAUGCGCAUCACCACCUCCUCGGGGCUCGGCAGCAGCAGCAAGGUCCGCAAGAUCUCCUCGCCGGCCGACUACAAGCCCUCCAAAUCCCUGAAGCCACCACCGAGCGCUCCGCCCGCCUUGGAGGAGGCCGGCCCCAAGGACAAGGCCACGCCCCCCCUGCUGCCCCGCGAGAGGAGGCACCACGGCAACAAGAAGAGCCGCCACGGCCCGGGACGCCCGCGGGGGAGCAAGAACCGAGAGAGGAGGGAGGAGGAGCAUCAUCGCUACCAUCAUCACCACACCACCACCACGGCACCCACACCUCCAUCGCUGAGCUCCUCGCUCUACACCAGCCCCUCCUUCCCCUCCACACUUCCUCCCACCUCCUCCUCCUCCUCCUCCUCCUCUACUGCCGGGAGUUUCUCUGCAGCUCGUAGCAGCUCUCUGCUCGGCUCCGAGUCGGACCUGGAUGACUGUCGCUUCCAGUGUCAGGGGAACUCGCCGAGAGAGAGUCUGUCCUCGCAGUCUCCCAUGAGCUGUCUUCCUCUUCUGUUCGACCAGAGAGACGGGUUGGGCGGCGGAGUCAGGACCCGUCCGGAGAACGUCCCUCCUGCCAGCCCCCACAUCGAGCUUCUGCUGGAGAAACACGGAAACGGGGAGAUGGGCGUCAACAUCGUGGAGAUGCUGCAGUCACUUCACUCGCUGCAGCAGGAGAACCAGCGGCUCCAGGACCAGAUCCUCAGCCUGACGGUCAAGAAGGACCGCCUGCAGCUGCUCAACACGGAGCUGGCCGUCCCCUUCCCGCCCAACGUCCUCUCCGCCCCGGGCUCCCUGCCGACGUCGGCCCAGAUCAGCUUCCUGUCGUCCUCUCAAGACCCGCUCAGCACCAAUAAGAGUCCCGUCUCUAAAAGCUGCUUCCUGAACGACACCUCCUUCGUUAACUCGUCAGAAGAGCUUCACUCCAUCAGUCCGUCCCGCAGCAGCUCCUCGCUGUCCUUCCAGAGCACGCCCCCUCCGCAGCAGAGCCCCGCCUCCUUCGGACAGCCGCUGCUGAACGGGUUGAGUCGAGGACUGGCCCACGCCACUGCCGGCUCCRCGCUGCCCGUGGUGGGGGGGCUCAUGGCGUCCCUGGCGGGCAGCCCCCAGCUGAAUGGUGUGAUCCAGUCUCCGGCGCAGAGCGCCCCGCAGCCGGCGCUUCCUGCUCUGCGCCCCCAGCCACCGCCGCUCAGCCACCAGAUCCUGGCCCAAAGCUUCCAGCUCCCUAAGAGCUCCAGCCCGUCUCUUCUGUCGGAGCAACAGAAGCAGGUUCUUCUGGAGCAGCAGCAGCAGCAGCUACAGCAGUUCCUCACCUCACAGAACUUCACACUGGACCAGCAGGUGAUGGUCUACCAGCUGCUGCAGAGGCAGAGGGAGCGCCUCACGAUCACCGGAUCUCUCACMUCCAACCCAAACUCCCCCCUGCAGGGCAGCCAGGGGGCAGGGCUCAGCCAAGGGGCGGGGCUCGGACAGGGGGCGGGGCUUUUCGCUCUGCAGGACAACUCACUCCACAAACCCGGGGCUCCAGGAGAGAAGGGAGGAAACAAGAACGGCUGAACGUGACUUCCUGUUGGAGCAGCUCAGAUGAAGAAAAUCCGUGAAGAACUGAGGUGGACUCUCUUCCUGACAAACGUAAUGAAUGUAUAACCGGACGUAAAGGAGGAGUUCCUGGUCUUUUGAAAUCCUCGUUAACAGGGGUUUCCUCGUGUAGUUUUUUUUGUUUUAUUAGURUUUUUAUUUUUCUCCUGGCAGCUUUCAGAGAGCAUGAGUUCUGUGGUCUCUUCUUAAAUUGCACUAAUUUAGCUCGACCAAUGGGAGCAGCUUCUGGAGCUCAUCGCCGCAGGAGGCGGGCUUUUAUUUUGAAGUUUCCGAGCACUGAGAUCUCUUUCCUCCUCUCAAACCAGCGUUUCCUGUCAGUCAAACAGACUUUUCGUCUUGGAGCCUCAACCGUCUUCCUUCAGAUGUAGUCUUCCUGUUUGAGUUCUCCUGGCUCGGUCCUGGUCUCCGGCAGGUCCUGGUCUCUGGUUCAGUCCUGGUCUGGGGCUCUCUGCAGGCACUUUCUGUCAGUGUGUAAGGAUGACUCUCUUCCUGUCUGGUUAUAAACUAGUUAUUACCUCUGUUUGGUCUGGUCCUGGUCUGGUCCUGGUCUGGUCCUGGCUGAGGCUGACCCUCAGCAGCCUUCAGGACUGAAAUAUAAAAAUAAACUCGUUUCAUCAAACUUUAUUUCCUUCCAGUUGCUGUGGAGAUGAAACCCAUCAAACCAAACUGUUUUAUAAUGAUUGACAGCGUCGACGCCUCCUGAAGGGGGCGGAGUCAGCCACUGAAGCAUUUCAGUUCUGGGGUUUUAUCUGAGAGUUUAUUAUGUGAAAAACUGGAUCCAGACCCUGAUCCAGGACCUCAGAACUCUGUGGGUUUCUGUGGAGUUUGUUUGUGUUUCAWUUUUUAAUUUGAUGGUCCGAACCAUCGUCCUCCACCUCCGUGCUGGAAGCUGGUUGCUGCAGUGCAUUCUGGGUCAGCACCCUCUGGUUCUGGGCUCUCUGGGUUUUGUUGUUGUGGAUCUGACAGACUUCCUGUUCCUGACCUCACCUGGUUUAUUUUUGCACUCUUGAGKUUUUUUUUUCAUGAUUUAAAUGUUUUUUAGCAGUACUGAUAUUUGAUGCCUUAAAGACGGUUCUUUUUACAAACAGUUGUUCUGUCGGACGCCUGAAGCAGCUCAAACAUGUGAAUAAAACUCUCAGAACCUUUUUGUUUGUGUUGACAAGCAGAACUCUUCGAUAAGUAAUGUGACUCUUCAYCGGCACUGAAAGCCCGACCCUCCUCUUCCAUCGGUUUCACUUGGUUCCGGGUCAGAACCCAGCGUUUCCAGACGUGAUGUUUUGUUUUGUUUCAGUAGCAGCAGCUCACUAGUUGGUGAUAAAUACUGUAGCAGAGAGAAGGCAGAUAUUAUUUUCAUUUUUUAACCAACAGCUGAAGAUWUAAAAAGAUAAAAAGUCCGGCUGUGAAGGAGCGAGGCGGUUCUGAAGCGGUUUCUUUGUUGCACUGGGGCGCUCCGAGCCCAAAUGUAAAAUGUUUUUGUAGUACUUUUUAUUUUUUAUUUGAAAUAGGAGUUAAGCUCGUUUUAAGCUUCGAGGCUUUGUGUAACCCAGAUAAUCCGUGUUCUGAAUGUCGUUUUGUGUAUCUUGUGGCAACAUUUAAGGGCCCGGUUCUGAAUGAGACUUCAGCCAUCGGGAUGUGAAAUGCAUGAAAUGCAGCGAGGUCUCGUUAAAACCAAGUAAUAAACUAUGCAUCACUUCAAAUGCAUCGUUUCCCUGGAAAGAGUUYAAAAGGAGCACUGACGGUCAAUAAAACGCACGUUGUGGUUGUACAUUUUAUUUGUUUCAUCAAAAAACCAAUUCGACAAAAUUCAGAUUGAAAUCCCUGUAAAGUAUUUUGAUAUUUUUGUCUGUAAAAUUUAAAAAUACAACUUUUUUUUGUCAAUAAAUGUAUUUUACUGAGUUGUU